AUGAGAAGCAGCAACCAUGUGAUAGGUUUCCUCAACUUCAUGACUUUGCUUCUCUCCAUCCCCAUCUUGGGUGGCGGCAUAUGGCUGAGCAGCCGCGCAAACACCACAGACUGCAUGAAAUUCCUGCAGUGGCCGCUCAUAAUCAGCGGCGCCUCCUUAAUGCUCAUCUCUCUGGCCGGCUUAGCCGGCGCAUGCUACCGCAACACCGUCCUCAUGUACGUUUAUUUAUGGGCCAUGUUUUUUACAAUAGUGGCCCUCGUAGGGUUCCUCAUCUUCGCCUACGCUGUCACCGAUAAGGGGUCGGGCCGGCCGGUCAUGAGCCGGGCAUAUCAGGAGUAUUACCUGCAGGACUACUCCGGGUGGCUGGAGGAUCGGGUGAGUAAGCAGAGUUACUGGACUAAGAUCAGUUCUUGCAUUAGGGACUCCCAUGCGUGUAACAAAAUGGGAAGGAUUGUUAGGGGUGCUCCUGAGACUGCUGACCAGUUUUACCUUAGAAAGCUCUCACCAAUUGAGUCUGGAUGUUGCAAGCCCCCUACAGCCUGUGGCUAUGUCUACAUAAACGAGACAUUCUGGUACCCACCGGGAGGGCAGGUGGGGGGUGAUCCGGACUGUUACCGGUGGAAUAAUGAUCAAGAUCAGCUAUGUUACAGUUGUAACUCUUGUAAAGCUGGAGCGGUGGCCAGUGUGAAGACAAGUUGGAGAAAAGUAGCUGUGAUCAAUAUUGUCCUAUUAAUCCUUCUCGUAAUUUUUUAUGUUGUUGCGUGUGCCGCUUUCCUUAAUAAUAAAAGGCUCGACAAUGAUGAACCCUAUGGUGAGACACGAAUGGAAAAGGCACAGCCAAGUUGGCUAAAUUUGUAAGAGCUUCAGAGUGUGCUUGGCUUACAGUACUCGAUAAUAUGUUAUAUGGUAUAGUAGAAUAAAAUAAAUUUCAAUAUAUAUAUAUAUAUAUUUUUUCUUAGUAGUGCCAAGCGUUGUUCAUUCUAUCGUACCAAAUAUAACACAAAGAAGCUAAGAAAUACAUCAUCGAAUACCGCUAUUCUCGUCAAUGUUUUCAUUUUCGCAAAGAGGGGAUUGUUUGGUUGCCCAAAACCUAGGGUCUUUGUGGGAUUUGUAAGUCUUAGUUUUCCAUUUGAUGGAAAACUAAUUUAAUUGAUGUUUCUUUAUUUCCUGUACUGGAUUAUUGUGCCUUUUGUUUUAUGAAU